AUAACUUCCAAGAAUUGAAAGAAUAACCAGCCCAGCCAUCAUGAUGGCUUGGACCAUGAUCAAUGCCAUUCAUCAGGUGCAUUGUUGUGCUCAUCAGAAGCCAACAUCAGUUACUACUACUCUUGAUCAAUUUAAAAGCCAACUCUUAUCAUCUAUUCAGCCAUUUGUGAGUAACUUGCACAAGAUUUCGAUAAAAUUACAAGUUCCCGGGGGCAUGAUCAAGAAAACUUCUACAGAAUUACUAGACGCUUGUACGGAUUCUGUGUUCCAGUUUAUGGACCAUCCGUCACACCCAUCUCAGAGUAACUUUGGUCCCGUGGAAGAGAUGGGAGAACCCGUCAAUGUCAAUGAUAUACAAGGAACGAUUCCAAAUGGUUUUACGGAGGGUGUUUACAUAAGAAAUGGUCCGAAUCCUCUAUUUGGAGGGCUUAAGACAACAAAAUCGAUUUUUGGAAGAUCAAGUCACAUUUGGGUAGAAGGGGAAGGAAUGCUUCAUGCUAUAUAUUUCAAGAAAGAAACUGAUGGUAGAUGGACUGUUUCUUACAACAAUAAGCAUGUAGAAACUGAUACAUUCAAGAUGGAGAAACAACGAAACAAGCCUUCUUUUCUUCCUGCCAUUGAAGGCGAUUCUCCUGCUAUUUUAUCAGCUUAUUUGCUCAAUUUGAUGAGAUUCGGAACAGUCAACAAAUUGCUAAGCAAUACAAGUGUUUUUGAGCAUUCGGGAAAGGUUUAUUCAUCAGCCGAGAACCAUAAGCCUCAAGAGAUAAACAUUAGAACACUCAAAACAUUAGGUAACUGGGACGUUGAUAAAUCUUGGAAUCGGCCAUUUACAGCACACCCAAAGAAAGCUCCAGGAUCUGGGGAGCUUGUUAUGAUGGGUGUAAACGCAAUCAAACCUUUCUUUGAGAUUGGCAUCAUUUCAGCUGAUGGAAACAAACUGGUUCACAAAGCAGAUCUAAAAUUUGAAAGGUGUAGCCUUUGCCAUGAUAUUGGAGUUACAAUGAGAUACAAUGUUAUACUUGAUUUCCCAUUGACUAUAGACUUAUUACGACUUGUAAAUGGAGGCCCAUUAAUAAAAUAUAAUAAAGAGGGAUACGCGAGAAUUGGGGUGAUGCCACGCUAUGGUGAUGGAGACAGCGUUAAGUGGUUCCAAGUGAAAACAUGUUGUGUGUUUCAUCUCAUUAAUACUUACGAAGACGGCGAUGAGGUAAUCAUGUGGGCAUGUAGAGCUAAGAACUCGAUUAUACCAGGACCAGAUAUCGGGUUGAAUAAGUUUGAGUGGUUUUCAAGACGUUUCAAGCAAGAAUGUGACACAGAUUUCAGUGCAGAUGAAUCAUUCAUCUCACAGGCUUAUGAAUGGAGAUUAAAUAUGAAGACUGGAGAGGUGAAGGAACGAUAUCUCACAGGAAAAUCACAUUCAAUAGAUUUCCCAAUGGUCAAUGAAAAUUUUGUGGGUCUUAAAAACAAAUAUGGGUAUGCCCAAACUGUUGAUUUGGACGCGAGCUCAAUUUCAGGCAUGGCUAAAUAUGGAGGACUUGUGAAACUGCAUUUGGAAGACACAAAACAGCAAGAUUAUGUAAAAACGGAGUACCAUAAAUUUCCACCAAACACAUUUUGCACAGGUUCUGCAUUUGUGGCAAAAUCUGGAGGUCUAGAAGAAGAUGAUGGUUGGCUGAUUGCCUUUGUACAUGAUGAGCAAUUGGAUAUAUCUCGGGCUAUUAUAGUAGAUGCAAAGAAGUUUACAAGUGAGCCGGUCGCGAUUAUCACAUUGCCACAUCGAGUGCCUUAUGGUUUUCAUGGAGCGUUCAUCCCAUUAACCUUGUGAUGGAUGAUAGUAUAGUAAUUAUGAACAGAUCAAUGUACACACACAGUGUUGAAAAAGUAGUCCGUGUUAAUAUGGGACUUAGAAUUUCCCUGUUCAGAUCUUGUAUUUCGAUCAUGUAUUUUUAUACAAGAA